AGCUAACAGCGGGCGUGAAGUUUUCUGCUUCCACUUUACCAAAGUCAAGUCAUGUAUACGUGUUAAAUCAUGGAAAACCAAGUCAAAUAGCAGGUCGCGAUAUAGACAUCGACACCACAGGCACGUGACGUCUCGGCUGAAUGUAACGCGGGGCUGCAGCAGGUGGAAGCUGCCGCCGCCGCCACGGAGAUGACCAACUUGAACUGGAAGCCGUUCAUCUACGGAGGCAUGGCCUCGAUUGUCGCAGAAUUCGGGACAUUUCCCAUUGACCUGACUAAGACUCGACUACAGGUCCAGGGUCAGUCCCAGUACACGGAGGUGCGCUAUAGAGGCAUGUUCCACGCCCUCUUCAGGAUCGGCAAAGAGGAGGGCAUCCGAGCGCUAUAUUCUGGGAUUUCCCCUGCUCUGUUGAGACAAGCUUCUUACGGGACAAUCAAGAUAGGAACCUACAACUCUCUGAAGAGGCUGUUUGUCAGUCAUCCAGAAGACGAGACCAUGGUCAUCAACGUCUUCUGUGGUGUCGUGUCUGGAGUCCUGUCCUCCUCUCUGGCCAAUCCCACUGACGUCCUCAAGAUCAGGAUGCAGGCUCAGGGCAGUCUGCUCCAAGGCAGCAUGAUGUCCAACUUCAUCAACAUCUACCAGACAGAGGGCACCAAAGGGCUGUGGAGAGGCGUCAUUCCCACAGCGCAGCGAGCAGCCAUUGUCGUGGGGGUGGAACUUCCUGUCUAUGACAUAACGAAAAAGCACCUGCUUCGCUCUGGCCUCAUGGGAGACACCAUUUUGGCACAUUUCAUUUCCAGUUUCACGUGUGGCUUGGCGGGGGCACUGGCCUCUAACCCUGUAGAUGUGGUCCGGACUCGUAUGAUGAACCAGCGAGUCCUGUCGGGAAGCCCCAUGUACAAAGGAACACUGGAUGGAGUGAUGCAGACGUGGAAGAACGAAGGCUUCUUCGCUCUCUAUAAGGGAUUCUGGCCUAACUGGCUGCGACUGGGGCCUUGGAACAUCAUCUUCUUCAUCACCUUCGAGCAGCUGAAGAAGCUCCCGUUUUAACUGGAGCAGGAAGUGGGACCUCGCUGGUCUGCGAGACUGUGUCAGGGAUGAGUGGAGUGUGAGCACGGCAGCACCUGGAGUUUUGACACCAGUAUUUUCACACUCCCCUCCAAAUCCAUUCAAAUGAUACAACACAGCAUCAGUCAUCUGCCCAUGCUCAUCAAAAUCUUACACUGAUUUCUCCGUUUUGUUUUUUUUUUUUUUAAUGUUUUAUUUGUUGUCACUGGUUCUUUUUUCAUGCAGUUGUAAGGACUGUUGCUUUGAUGAUUUAAUGUCGCCCUCAACCACCUCUAACACUCCCCAGGCAGCUAAAUGUCUGCUUGUAGCUGAAGGCUGAAUGUUUGGAAGACUAGUUUUAUACCCUUGAGCUGAUGAGAAAGACAGGGUUUACCACUGUGGAUUGGGUGAGUGGAAUAUCAUGAGCUUUGGCUUAAAAAAAAAAAAGACAGGACAGAAUUGUUUCAUUAUUUAUACACACAUCUGGAAAAACAUAAGAGAUUAAUUUAUUAAUACAUUUAGGCAUUGCACGUACGACUGCACAGUUUGUGGAAUUUGGUAAAAGAAGAAAAGAAAAUGAAAUUGAAAAAUGAAUGAUGUGUAGAAACCCUGUGUUUUAAGGGCACGGGCGCAGCAUGAAAUGUGGUAGGAAAAUAACUGUUGAAUGUUGAGGAAUUUGCAUGAAAGAGUUGUACAAAUGACAAAGUGACUGUUACAAGUAGUUACUGUACUCACUGAAAGAUGCCCAGCAGCACUCCACAUGAGUAAGGCUGAUACCCGGCGAAAUAUUAGGAUCUUUUUGCUUUAGUAAGGUGUCAGAAAAAGGUGCCACAAAGCCUCUGAAAUCUUACAGUGCAGUUUUAAUAUUUAAGUGGGUCAUUUGCCAGAAAAUCACUCAACACAUGAACUUCUGCAUUAAUCUAAAAACAACUUAUGUUCUAUUUAUUGUUUAUUUUUGGUUGAGACAUAUUGGAACAUAAUCAUCUGUGAUCUUAAACAGAACAAUCAGAAACCUGAACCAAAGCCUCUAUUGAGAAAAGGGAGACACUUUUGUUGUCUUAUUCAUUCACAACCAAAACAUCUUUUUUUUAUUGUGAAGGAAACACUGAAUCCAGAUGAGUCACUCCUAUUGAAGUUUUGUUUGUUUUUUUAAGUUUAUUUUUGCUGUAGAGAUUUUUGUUUUUUUGUUUCGUUCACCUCCGGUCUGCUGCAGUAUUCAGUAUUAGGAGGUAAGGAGUUGUGGUUUGCUGCCAUAUGUCAUUAUUGUCCCACAAGAUAACAAUCCAUUACACAAUGUAAAUGGCUGUACAGACUCAUUCACACAUAGAGGUGGAUGCAUUUUAUCUUUGGCAUGUCCACUUGUACAUACGAUGCCUUGUUGCGCUAUUUUUACUGUCGUGUGUGUCGUCGGAGGUAAAGUCAGGAUAUGAAUGAAAAAGAGGCAGCUGCUGUGGAUCGAAAGCAGAGAAGGAGGGGCCUUUGUGCCAAAUGUGUUUCCACCAAACUGGGUUCAAUUUAUUUGCAGAUGAUUCUUUUUGUUUGCAACUACUCCGAGGCCUUGCAAAAUGUGGUUUGCAGGAGAAACUCUGUGCUGGAAGUAAUUGAAAGUCAGUGUAGUUAGAAUAGACUGCUUGUUUGAAAUUUGAAUUUUUGUGAAACAAAUUAUCUGAACUCAGCCCAUGUAAAACAGACAAAAUGUUUUUCAGUUAUGGGAGUCCAUAAACAAUAUCUGAACAGUAAUCAUAACAAGUGCUAUGAAUCAGUCGCAAAUAUUAAUUUGCGACUGUUGGACUUGCUCAGUACAGGAGUUUAGCCUCCACCACAGGUGACCUCGCCCUUUCAUCCACAUAUUUUGUGUGUUUUUAGUACUGUUGAGUUAUUUUAGAAACCAGUUAGGUGUCUCAAAAUUAUCUUGAGAUUGAGACAAGUCCUCUUUCUUCUGUUGUAAAGGCACAAAACCUGUUGAAUUCUAUACUGUAACUGACACAUUGAAAAUACGCUAUAAUUUUGAUCUUCAUAGCACUUUUUUCUGGUAAACUGCUGUAGGCAAUGAUGCUGGUUGAUUGUAUUCCCUUGUCUGUUAGGUGAACCAGCUUGGAUUUAUCUUAUAUUUCAUCCAUUCUUCUGUUCUAUCUUGCCUUCAUAUACGUAAUUGGAUUUUGUGAGUUAUGCGUCGCCAAUAGAGAGUAAAAUUUCCCAGGAGUUGUUAUUUGGACCAACAUCUGCCAGUGUAUUAUUUUUAGCUGUUACUACAAUCCAGUCAAGACAGCCUAAGUCUUGUCAACAGAUCACAGCAGUUUUAGUUUGCAAUUUGCCAUUUUUAAGUGUACUUCAUUUUGUCAUGUGUCCAGUGUGAAUCCGCAACUUACACAAAACAUUGUUACAGCACAUUGAGCUGCUUGGACACAACUCAAAACGUUUGCUUGUGCUGUUUUGAGAGGCCAGUUAAGGUUUUGAGUGUGUGUUGGACUCCAGAGCAGUAUGUUGGAAAAUGUGUAUGUCCAGUGUGUUUUUGCCUUUCUGAUGAGCCCGGAGUCUUGGUAGACCUGCACUGUUACAGCCUUACACUUUGCAUUGACCGCCUGAUGAUGAUGUUACUCUAUGACAAUGUUGCUCCUGUGCCGAUUCUGAUGCCUCAUUACCACAUUGACUGAGUGGAUUUUUCAGUUUUCUUUGACUGUCCACACAUUGUGCUUGCAGCUCUCAGUACUGAAGUUAAUAUUUUAAAAGCCAGUUUUAAUACAUGUCGUGAUGUGUUCUGUUACCUCAGCAGUCGUGCUUUCCUGAGCCAUUUUAACUGUUUGCGAACAGUGUCUCAUUUCACUCAAGUAUCACAGUUUGAACCGCUGCUACCCCCCAGUUCAUCCGUUAAACAUUUCCCUUCCUGUAAACUGUGUGCAGAGGGAUUCUGACAGGGUUUAUGGGACGUUUAAUCAGCUUUGUCGAGUAACCAUAAAUUGUCAGCUGGGUUUCAGGUGAGUAAAACAUCUGCUCACACUGUACGGGACACAGGCUGAGGUCAGAGGUGGAGGUGCAGAUAAUAUUUGUGUAAGGCUGUCACAGAUAAUACAGGUACAUGUGAAAACAUAGUUUGGCCUUUGUUUUUGGGUUCCAUCCACACUGAAGCAACUGAAGAUGCUUUCAAAUGCUGAGAUUAAUCAGCCAAUUUUUGAUUUUACCACUUACUUAACAACCAAAGCAGAUGGACGAGAAAGAGACUUUACUGUUUUAUAUUGUUUAAUUCCAAAAAAAAUUGUUGAUUUAUCGGUCAACAUGGUCAAAAUAUUAUUAUAUUGCAAACAGUUUCAUUUAUCAAAGCAGAAAUUUCAAACAUUUACUGGUUUCUGCUUCUCGUGAAAAUUUGCUGCUUUUAUUUGAUUUGUAUCACAGUAAAUUUAAUGUCUUUCAGACAAAACAAGCAACAUGAAGAUUUCAUCUUUUGGUUGUGUGAAAUUCUGAUUGGCAUUUGUCACAAAUUUCUUACAUUCUAUAGAUUGAACAAUUGAAAAAUAAAAAAAGAUCAGCAGAUACAUCAAUAAUGAAAAUGAUUAGUUGCAGCUCUAAUUGAUUUGGCUUGGCAGCAUGAAUGACAAACCAUGAGAAACGUAUCUGAAGAUGUCAGUGUGAAUAGGAACCCUUCAGGAAAUAGCGCUUUCAGAUUUAUACAUAUUAGUGUGGACAUAAGUUACAAUAAUAUAGAAACAUAAAUGUACAUUGGAAGUUUAGUUUCCGAUUUUGAAUACUGGUGAAAUGCAGUGGAGGUGAUGCAGCAAAGUGAGAUACAAGAACAUACACACAUCUCAAAAUUGUUAAUCAAGCUGUAAUUUAACCAACAACUUGCUUUGUGCGCCCGUUCACACAUUGUUGUGAAUGUCGAUGUUACUGUGAUAUUUUUACAACUUCUGUGUGUGUCAUGUACCUAUUUAUGGAAACCGUCAAACUGAAGUAGAGAAGGCCAGCACAGCAAGGGAUCCAAAUAAAAGUCCUGUAGUUUAACUCUGAUUGUUUUUUGUGAAAGUUGUCAACUUGAUUUUAGCACCGUUUUUGGGAAUCGUUAAUGUUUUAAGCUCAUGCAGAGUUUUAUCUAUUUUCUAAUUAUUUGAAAAACAUCUGCUUCUGACUGUGUUCAGCGAACGUGAAUACAGUUCAGCUGAUGCUGCUUUCCAUUCCUGCUUUUAUUCCUUUCAAAACUAUUUAAUGCUCAUGCUAUUUUUUAGUUUUUCUGGGGUUUUUUUGUUGUUUGUUUUGUUUUUUUGGAAACAUUUUUGUGUUUUAAUUUCAAUUUUUUGUUACCAAGUGCUCUGAGUCGACCACAAUAACAGCUCUUCACUUAUUUGCCUAAUAAUUCAUUCCCUUCACCACCAUUUUAUGUUCAUGGCGAACAAAUCGAGCUUCUUUGAUGUGUACAGCGCUUAGGAGAAAAUGAAAACCAAAAGAAAAGAAGAGAAUAUUUUAAGUUAUUUACUUGUCUGUAAAUGCAGAGUGACUACAGUCUUUUUGACAGAGCAGUGUCCUGAAUUAUCCUGAAAGGAAUAGCAUGGCAUUUUGGGAAAUGUGGUUUUAAACAGCAGUCAUGGUUUUACGCGCCAAGAAUGCAAAUAAGAAUAUUUGUCAAAUUGUCGAUCAGUUCCUUUUCUGAGUUUUUAGGCCCGGUCACAUCAGAAAGUGGUGCAGUGAAACCCCCCCCCCCCCUUGUGUGGCCUUACUUUGAACACGUCCAUUUCCUUAGUCUCACACCGGUUCUGUGUGAAAUGUGUUGGUGGCUAAUAAACGACAUUGAGCAUGAAAGUUCACUCUUGACGUUGGGAUUUGUAGCGCUGUGAUGUAGUGUUGUGGUCUCCUUCUCAGCGGGGGCCCUGUCUUUGGUUUGUGGUAAGUGGCGACUCACUGUCACUUCAUGACUCUGUUGUGAGGGAGUCCCACUGUCCUCUCUGUCCUGCCCUGGUCCAUUCGUUGUAUUGUGCUCUGCAUUUCACAGUCUUCAUCAGCAGAUGGGGGUUUUCUCAGUGGAAGCAGAUGUUGAGUCAGGAAUAUUUGGGCAAAGUAGUGGCUUUGCUUUAGUUUUGACACCAGUGUGAAAUAGAGAGUCUCAGUGUUUCGAUCCACAAAACUGCUCUGUGGCCCUAGUCAUAACACUUUUCAAAUGAAAUCUUUUUUUAAUAAAACAUUCAUGUUUUUUUGCAGAGAGAGGAGCAUGUGGAAAUUAGGGCUGCACGAUAUGCAAAAAAAUCUAAAAAUCAUUGCAAUAUUUUGGCAGUUAUUGCGAUAUGAGUCACAAUUUCAGUUGGCGUGAUCGUUUUUGCAUUUCAUUUUCACUGAAAUGUUUUAAAAAUUAUGAUGUGAUUUUUGCUGGAGCUUGUACCAAACAAACAUGUUCCCUUACAUCUCGAGAAUAUGCCAUCUCUGUAACACCACAAUGCUUAUGGUGCUAACGAUGCACAACAAUGUUCUGACCCGUUUUACCUUUAUCAAAAAAAUUGGAGCUCUUGGAAUGUGGAUACUGCACUUGGCCAAAUUGCGUUUGUGAUUAAUUGUGCAUCCCCAGUGGAAAUGUUUUGCUUUUUUUUCGCCUUCAUAUAUAAGCUGAUUGUGAUUGUGCAGCGCUUUGUGUUUAUGAGAGAGAGCGUGUGAUGGAUAGAAACAGUCAGAAAAGAAUCUGAGAACUUCUGCAAAAUGUUUUUUCCACAACAGUGUGUGCCAUGUGGAUGUUUUUUAAGGUUCCAUCUUUAAACACUUCACAUAUUCUCAGCAAAUGGGAGUUUCUAUUGAUUAUUUGAUGCUUUUCUAUUGGUUUCCCUUUCCCUUUCCCUUGCAGUCUGUUUCUCUGCCUAUGACUGACGUAAGUCUGCUUGUUUUUACAUUUUGUUUUGCUGGCUAGAGCACUGUUUCCCUGUCUAACAUUGAACAAAACUAACACACUGUUACACUGAUCAAAUGAUGAAGAUAUUCGCCAUUAAUUUAGUAUUGGAUUCCGGCCAGUCAGCAUCAUUCCUCCUGAUCAGAGCAGAAAAACAGCCUGAGAACCUGUAGAUUGACUUCAGUUAUUGUCUCUGGACAUGUAGCUGAUACUUCAUAAAUGAAUUCCUCCUGUAAAGGCCAAAGUAGUGCACCCUUUAUUACAACCUUCAUGUAGGUUUGUUUUUGGUGUCCCACUUCCAUUAAAAUGCUGUUUCAGAGGCUUCAGCUCAGGCAAAGAGUUUCAUCUUUCUGAUUUUAAAAUACUUUGAGUGUGGACAUUGUUGACUGACAGAUCUGCAUCUGUGUGGCAGUCUGACAGGAUAAGAAAAUCUAUAAAUAUUUUUGUAAAUUUUCUCAUCACUUCCACUGAUCAUUUGCACUUUGGUGUCAGCUUGUACCAUUACUGUCUAUAACCCUUUCGCUUGUUUACCCGAUGAAUUUCUAUGGUGGAGAGUACUUUUUUUUUUCUUUGACAGAAUGGGUUUGGCUUUAUAUAAAUUCAAUGUUCACUCAAAUAAAAAUAUAUGCUGUGA